AUGGGUCGUCGACCUGCGAGAUGUUAUCGCUACUGUAAGAAUAAGCCAUACCCCAAGUCUCGCUUCUGUCGGGGAGUUCCUGAUCCUAAAAUCAGAAUAUUUGAUCUCGGAAAGAAGAAAUUUGGGGUCGAUGAAUUCCCUCUCUGCGUUCACAUGCUCUCAGAUGAGUAUGAACAACUUUCUAGCGAAGCUUUGGAGGCUGCUCGUAUCUGUGCUAACAAGUACCUAGUAAAGUACUGCGGCAAGGACGCUUUCCACUUGCGAGUACGAGUUCAUCCUUUUCAUGUUGUCCGCAUAAACAAAAUGUUAUCAUGUGCUGGUGCCGACAGGUUGCAAACUGGCAUGCGCGGGGCUUAUGGAAAGCCCUUGGGCACGGUUGCCCGCGUCAACAUAGGACAGGUUAUAAUGUCCGUUCGUGGGAAGGAUGCCCAUAAAAGCCAGUUCAUUGAGGCAUUUCGUCGUGCCAAGAUGAAGUUCCCUGGGCGGCAGAAGGCAAGUGAUUCGUUAAAAAAAUCGUCUAGUACUAUAUCCAUCGCUGUUUCCCAAAACUGGGGCUUCACAAAAUGGAAACGUCAAACUUUCCAGGAAAUGCGCAAGGACGGACGGCUGCAGUACGAUGGAUCUAAUGUCAAGUACUUCCCCGAGCACGGUCCAUUGGAAGUGUGGAAAAAGACCCAGUCAGUCUUGUUGGGCCUUGAUUAG